AGUUAUGACUCGCCCGUCUUGCCAUUCUGAUCUGUACCAAUUACCAAACAUGGUCCAACAAUGACCAAGGAGCCUUGAACCACCAGCGGGCUUUAGUCGGACCAUGCCUCAAGUGUGAUACAGCAUUACAGCCCACUGGAACCAUCUGGUGCCAAAUUCGCCAAUGUUAAACCUCAACAUCUACGACUACAAGCCUCAGUGAUCUAAUUUUCACAGCAAUAUUCAUCAAGAAAACAAGCAUGAUAAACAAGAAUCAAUUAGCAAUCAAAGGUAUUUCCCUUCUACAAUCUCAACUCAGGCGGCUUUCUCACCUUCAAUCACGCCAUUUCUUCUCUCAAUUUUCUCUCUCUUCACCAGCUUCUUCUUCCCCUGCAAUCCCUUCUUCAAACCCAUCACUCAAAACCCCAUUUUGCCCCUUCUCUCAUACACCCUCUUUGUGUAGAAACUCAAAUGAGGAAGACCCAAAUCGAAGUUCUGAAGGUACGCCGAAGCUUGUGGUGGUUCAGCCACGUGUCCGACCAAAUGCCAAUUUACAGGCCAAGCUUAACGAAGCUCUUAACCUGGCUAAUUCGUUGGAUGAACAAAGGGAUGGUUACUUUUCUACUGAUUUGAGUCUGAAACAAUUGCCCCCGCAUGUUGUUGUUCAGAACCCACUUUCUAGUUCCGGCAAGGGCCGCUCAGAUACGUUCUUUGGACCGGGGACGGUGGAAAACGUUAAGUGCCAUAUACAUGCCAUUGAAUCAGAGCAAGGUGAAGUGGAUGCUGUAUUUGUAAAUGCAAUUCUGUCUGCAAUACAGCAGAGAAAUCUGGAAAGGGCUUGGGAGAAACCUGUUUUAGAUCGUGUGGGGCUUAUCAUAGAGAUUUUUAAUGCUCAUGCAUACACUAAGGAAGCAAAACUUCAGGCUGAGUUAGCAGCUAUAAUGUAUAAGAAGAGUCGGCUUGUUCGUGUACGGGCUUCUGAUGGACGUUACACUUUUGGAACAAAAGGAGAAGCUGAAGUUGUGAGUGCUCGAGGGAGAGGAAGUGGUGGUCGUGGUUUUAUAAGUGGUGCUGGAGAAACCGAGCUUGAGCUUCAACGUCGAAGAAUCUCAGAAAGAAGAAAGCGCCUGCUGGCUGAAAUUGAAGAAGUUCGUAAAACACGUGCUGUGCAGCGUGCUGGUCGGAGAAAGCAAGGUGUUUUAGAUGCUCCAGGGCUUGCCACUGUUGCUGUAGUUGGUUACACUAAUGCUGGGAAGUCAACUUUAGUUAGUGCGCUCUCAGAUAGUGAUCUGUAUAGCGAUGAUAGAUUAUUUGCGACAGUUGACCCAAGAGUCAGAGGUGUUGCUCUUCCGUCUGGGAGGAAGGUCUUGCUUAGUGAUACAGUGGGAUUUAUAUCAGAUUUACCUGUUCAACUAAUUGAAGCAUUUCAUGCUACCUUGGAAGAAGUUGCUGAAGCAGAUCUACUUGUGCAUGUUCUGGAUUCCAGUGCAUUGAAUCUUGAGGAGCAACGAGAAGCUGUAUUAGAUGUCUUGAGACAAAUAGGUGUUUCAGGGAAAAAGAUUGAAUCCAUGAUUGAGGUUUGGAACAAGAUUGAUCUGGAAAGAGAUACAGACACAGACACAGACACUGGGAUCGGAAAUUUCAACAAUGACAAUGACUACAGGUUCGUAGAGGAUGAAGAUGAAAUAGCUGAUAAACAACUGCAGGAAGAUAAGGAGAACCAACAAAAUGACGACUCAAGUGACUGGCUUGGAUCAAGGAAUGUCAAUGAAGAUGAGGAAGAUCAACUUUGCUCUUCUAAGAUUUUGACGGGAGUAGUUGAUCAGAAAACAGAACCCUUAAAUGAAUCAAGCAUAAAGGAAGAUGGCCCAGACACUCAUUCCGAAAGUAAACACAUUCCACAUGUCAAAACUUCAGCAGUAACAGGGGUAGGAUUGCAGGAGCUGCUUGAGCUCAUUGAUGAUAAGCUGGUGCAGAUUGACAAGGAGCAACGUUCAUCACAGAGAGUACUGGAGAAGAGUGAAUUUGACCGUAAGUGGCGGCCUAUUCAAGCUGAGAAGGUGGGCAUUGCCGUGGAAUAAUUACGUGCUUUUUUUUUCCCUUCAUAAUAGGCACAACUCGUACAACCAUAAAAAUAAUGUGCAAGUUGGUUAUACUCCAUACCUAGUUAAUAGUAAUUAACUGUCAAAGAGGUUACCAAAAAUGUCGGUCUUUUAUUUUCAUGUAGAAUUUUGUAUCUUAAAAGUAGCCCAACUAUUGUUAGUUCUUGUUAAGAUUUUCAAUCACAUAAAUAAUAUAGUUGGAUUUUGAACUGCUUUUGUUGA